CAGUGACCCAAUUCAUCUUAUAUUUCUUAAUAUCGUGGUUGCAACAAGGUUAAUAAAACAUCGUAUAGGAUGGGGCUUAAGGCAGCUUCCCCCGAUUUAGGACGAGGGCAGUGGGAAAAACCAACGGAUUAUAUAGUUGCCAGCCUAGGACUAAUUUUGCAGAUGCAUCUAUUUGGUUCCAGUGUAGGCAUUCUUGGAAUGCUGCCAUACUUCUUGUAUAUGGUAAUCCUUGUGGUUCCGGUCUUGGUCAUCCAUUCCUUUAUGGGCCAGUUUUCGAGCAGUGGCUUCAUCUCCGCCUUUCGUCUGGCUCCUUUCUUUAAAGGCAUAGGAUAUGUGAGCCUCUUCCUGAACACCUUCUUUCUCAUAUACUACGGCACGAAGGCUGCUGUUCCCACUUUCUACAUAUGGUACUCCUUUUACCCCAUUUUACCCUGGAGUUGCGAGGGUUUAUCGUCUUGGUUCAAUGAGUCUCAAGGACUAACUACUUGUCAUUUAACAAUGGAAUCGGGUUACACGUAUAUAAACUACUCCACAGACAUCAAUGAUUCGAAAUAUGUUCACGUACCGUCCUAUCUAUACAUGAAAUACCAUUUUUCCACUUAUCGUUACCCAACAGAAGGCUAUCAGCUAGACUGGAAUUUUGUGGGCCUCUACGUUCCCAUUUGGGCAACGAUUGCAGUUAUUUUCUAUAAGUUUUCAGAGACCCCAAAGUUUGGAAAGUUUAUACGAUAUAUGGUUAUUGCAACACUGUGUCUUCUGUUGGUGUGCUUUGUGCGAAUUUCGUUUCUCCCAGGAGCCAUGAAAGGGAUGGAAAGAUAUUUGACUCCCAAAAUCCAUGAUGUGGAAAAGCGAUUGGACCGCACAUUUCGUAUGGUCAUACAAGUAUUUGGGGCUGGUUGGGGCAGUGUGAUAGCUCUGGCCAGUUUCAAUAGGUUCAGGACCAACAUAAUGUCGUACAGUUGGAUUAUUUCCAUCGGACAGGUGUUAAUUUUUAUCAUGUAUGACAUGGUAUACUUUAUGCUCGAUCACUACUUCAAAGGACUUUCUGAAGAUCAUAUUGUUAUAAACGACUGGAUAUUCUAUUUUUCCGGUGCUUCUGUUUUGUCCUCCGUGGGUUGGCCGAACCUUUGGACUUUUCUUUUCUAUGCCAUGUUAUUAAUGGCUGGACUUAUUGUAUUGACGACACAAAUAUUUACUAUCCUCCAAAGCUUAUUCGACGAGUUUGAAACACUUAGGAAGAGAAAAAUGGAAGUAACCUUUGGCCUCAUUGGAGGCCUGGCAGUCUGUUCCUGUGCCCAUAGCGUAGAUCAUGGAAUGAUUUUGUUUAUGAGCUUUAUGGAAAAUAUUGUUUUGACACACAGUGUGCUCCACUUACUCCUAAUUUUUGUGGUUUUAUGGAUCUACGGGCGAGAAGGUUUCCAGCGGGAUAUUAAGUUCAUGCUGGGGCAGCCGUUUCCCUCCUGGAAGGUUUUCACACUCCGCUUCAUAGCUCCGUUUAUUUUGCUGCGUUGUCUGGUAAUGGAACUAAACUAUGUAACAGGAGGUCGCUGGGCGAUGUAUGUAGUGGUCGACACGAUUCACGAUAUACUUUUGGUGUUAUGCGCUCUGACAAUACCUGGCUAUGGAUUUUACUACCUUUACCAGAGCAGCGGUUCUUUUAGCGAUCGCUUCAGACGCACCUGUCGACCCACAGAUUGGUAUCCGGCUGACGAGAAGCACCGCCAGCGUUACAGGGAAGCUGUAGGCCAAAUAGAGGUGACCGACCAGCUUUUUGAGCUUAUCGAUGACAUGAAUUAAUAAGUAAUAAAAUGAUCAAUUUACAUGA